UGAAUGUACAUGUGCGUAUUUAUAACAUCCUGUUCCGCCAGCGACGUAACCAUUCGUUUCCGGACGCAUUUUUCACGAUGGAGUCGUCGUCGUCGUCACCGUUGUUCUCGUCAACCUUUGGACUCUUUUUGGCUAUCUUACUAACUAUCGGCUCGUUGAAAGUUAUAGCUCUUAUGUACUAUCAGUACACUUACUGGAGUAAAAGGGGCAUACCUAAAAUACGAACAAUUUCGUUUUUGGGAAUGUCUUGGAAGGUGUUGCUUCGACGCAUUCGUUUCACCGACUACAUGAAUUUUACCUACAAUUAUGAUCCAGACGCAAAGUACAUCGGACUGAUGGACGUGGCCACUCCUCUCAUUUUUCUACGUGACCCCGAGCUGAUCAGAGAUAUUAUGGUGAAAGAUUUCGAACAUUUUCCGCACCACCCUACCUAUGCGAAUGAAGAAUUAGACCCUUUGUUCGGUAAGAACGUUUUCUCUUUGCGUGGAAAUCGCUGGAAAGAAAUGAGAAAUACGUUGAGCCCUUCUUUUACUGCCAGUAAGAUGAAAGCUAUGUUCGAGCUGGUGUCAAAGUGUUCCCGCGAAUUCGCUGAAUAUCUAGUCUAUCAUCCGGAGCUCUGCUCUUCCAUCGAUACUAAGGAGGCCUUCAGACGGUACACCACCGACGUAAUUGCCACGUCUGCUUUCGGCAUAAGUGUGAAUUCCAUGAAGGAUCGGGACAACGAAUUUUUCACAAGAGGAUUGGAGUCUACCAGAUUCUUCAGCUUUACAUCCAUAUUGAAGUUUACAUUAUUCCGCGCAGUUCCGCGAUUAAUGAAGUCGUUAGGGGUGACUUUCUUUUCGGCAGCUACGUUCCAAUUUUUCAAGAGAAUUGUGGCGGAGACCAUUAAAGUCCGGGAAGAACAAGGUAUCGUCCGGCCGGACAUGAUUCACUUAUUGAUGCAAGCUCGCAAGGAGGGUCCCAAUGUACGUGAAAUAACUCUGGAUGACAUCGUAUCGCAGGCCUUCGUCUUUUUCUUGGCUGGCUUUGACACUUCUGCGACGUUGAUGUGCUUCGUCUCUCAUGAGCUCGCGGUUCAUCGAGACAUUCAGGAUCGUCUGUUUGAAGAGGUGGAGCAGCAUUUCGCCGAGGGAAACGGUGAGAUUUCUUAUGAGUCAGUGUCGAAAAUGGUUUACUUAGAUAUGGUGAUGUCUGAGGCUCUUCGGAAGUAUCCGCCGGCGCCCUUCAUCGACAGACUUUGUGUGAAGAGCUACGAACUACCCCCAACGAAACCGGGUUACAAGAGCAUGAUUGUCGAGCCUAACUGUAUAAUAUGGGCGCCUGUUUACGCGUUGCAUCAUGAUCCUAAGUAUUUUCCGAACCCGUCCAAGUUUGAUCCUGAGAGGUUCAGCGACGCGAACAAGGUCAACAUCGUGCCGUACACUUAUAUGCCCUUCGGCCACGGGCCCAGGAAGUGCAUCGCCUAUCGUUUCGCACUGAUGGAGACGAAACUCUUAGUGGCUUACCUCCUACACAAUUUUGUCUUCAAGACCACCGAAAAAACCAUCGAGCCCAUCGUGUUUGAUAAAAGCACGCGUACUUUGCAACCCGAUGGCGGAUUCUGGAUUGCAUUGGAGCAGAGGAAGAAUUGACAAUAGACGUAAUGCGGAAUGACUUACAUUACUCGUGUUUAUCGGUAGAUGGAAUAUUAUGAAUUUUUUAAUGUAGACGCUUAUUGCUGUUAACAGUUUAGUUCCGUAUUAAAGGGAAUAUUGCUACUGUUAUGUUCGAGGAUUGUAUUUCGGUUUACCGCAAAAAAUCAAAACUAAAUUUUUCUAUUAUUACAAUUAUAAUUAUUAGAUUAUUACGCACAUAAAGAUGACUUUUUACACGGGAAG